AACAAUCGUCUUCACUAAAGAUGGCUUCAUCAAGAUCUUUGAACAGCGCAUCUCUUUCAUUUUCAUCACAGAGGCUCUUAACCUUAGCUCAGCAGCUGAGUCAGUACAAGCCUCUACCUUCUUCCUCGGACGAAGCCGACAACGAGGAACGAAUCAUCGAGGAAGCCACGGGGAAAGUUGUUUCCCAAGUGGGUUUUCAAGAAUCUGCGACCCCAAUUUCCCAAAACCCUGAAAAAUUUAGACCCAAAAGAGCUGCUGUUUUGAUCUGUCUCUUUGAAGGUGAUGAUGGGGAUUUGCGUGUCAUAUUGACCAAAAGGUCCUCAAGAAUGUCCACUCAUUCGGGUGAAGUUUCAUUGCCAGGUGGGAAAGCAGAGGAGGGGGACAGAGAUGAUGCUGAGACCGCUACUAGAGAGGCUCAAGAAGAGAUUGGGUUGGACCCUUCGCUUGUGAAUAUCGUAACUCUUCUCGAACCAUUUUUAUCUAAGCAUCUCCUUAGAGUAGUUCCGGUUAUCGGCAUACUCUACGAUAAAAACGCAUUCAAGCCAACUCCAAAUGCUGCGGAAGUCGAUGAAGUAUUCGAUGCUCCCCUGGAAAUGUUCAUUAAGGACGAAAACCGAACGGAAGAAGAAAGGGAGUGGAUGGGAGACAAGUAUUUGAUUCACCACUUUGAAUACGAAACCAAGAAGAAGAAGAAGUACGUAAUCUGGGGUUUAACCGCUGGGGUUUUGAUAAGAGCCGCAUCGUUAGUUUACCAGCGAUCUCCAGCUUUCUUGGAACAGAACCCUAAGUUCAAGUUCCCUGAAGCUGUCGAAAAAAACACUGUUAUGCGGUAAAUCAAGUCCCGUGAUUCACAAGGUUCGGUUUUUAUUCUACAUUUGUUGAAUGAUUCUAUAUUUAGAAAGACGAGUCCAAGGGAAACCUUCAUGGGCCCUUUUGUGUUUUUCCCUGCCUACUUUAUAUU